AUGUUCAGUGGAAGUGUCUUCGUUCUCGUCAAUGGCUUCCUUAUUCGAUCUGCACCUUUUCUUUCUCAUCCAUUAACAAAUACUCACCGUUUUUCUUCUUCUUCUUCUUCUUCGCAAGUUUCCCCUCCUUCCAACCCGCCAUCGCCGCAAUCGCAGUCGCAGGCACAGUCUCCUCCCCCAUCUCGACCCCUCGCUUCUUCAAACAGUACAAGCUCCUCUACCUCCCCGCAGCCACCUUCUCCAGCAACACCCAAGCAACAGAAAACAAAAGUUGAAUCCACAGAUUGGAUAGCUUCUUCCUUAACUAGGCGUUUCGGGAUCGGAGCCGGCCUCGCCUGGGCCGGCUUCCUAGCCUUUGGCGUCGUCUCCGAGCAAAUCAAAACCCGCUUUGAAGUUUCCCAGCAACAAGCCAGUACAAGAGAUGUGGAGAAGCAAGAAGAGGUUGUCUUGCCUAAUGGUAUAAGUUACUAUGAGCUGAGAGUAGGAGGAGGCGCUUCCCCAAGGACAGGAGACCUGGUGGUGAUUGAUCUCAAGGGAAGUGUUGAAGGGAAAGUGUUUGUGGAUACAUUUGAAGGAGAGAAGAAGUCAUUGGCACUGGUGAUGGGGUCAAGGCCAUACACAAAGGGAAUGUGUGAAGGAAUAGAAUAUGUGUUGAGAUCCAUGAAAGCAGGUGGGAAAAGAAGAGUGAUAAUUCCCCCCAGUUUGGGAUUCGGGGAGGAGGGUACUGAUUUGGGUUCUGGUGUACUAAUCCCCCACAAUGCCACCCUUGAAUAUGUUGUGGAGGUUGACAAGGUUUCCAUUGCACCCGCUUAG